CAAAUUCGGGGCGUAAUAUUCCAUUGGCAUCUAAUUUGAAUGCACAAAUUCUUUUCGAACACCAUUAAAAAUGGCAAUUAACAUAUCCAUCCCUAUACAUACCCACUCCCACCUUGUGUAUAUAUAUAUGACACGAAAAUCAUAAGAUUUGAAACCAAGAAAUCAGAUAAAGAAAGCUUUCAAUUGGGUUCUUGAUCAAUAUCAGAUAUGGCAGGAGUUGUGGUGGUUUUCGACUUCGACAAGACGAUUAUCGACAUAGAUAGCGAUAAUUGGGUGGUUGAUGAAUUGGGUGCCACUGAUUUGUUCAAUCAACUUCUUCCAACCAUGUUUUGGAAUUCUUUGAUGGACAGGAUGAUGAAAGAGCUUCACGCACAAGGGAAAACCAUUGAAGACAUUGAAAAGGUUUUAAAAAGGGUCCCAAUUCAUCCGAGAGUAGUCCCAGCAAUUAAAACAGCUCAUUCUUUAGGGUGUGAUCUGAGGGUAGUCAGUGAUGCAAAUCUCUUUUUUAUCGAGACAAUAUUGAAUCACCUUGGAAUAAGGGAUUGUUUUACUGAAAUCAACACAAACCCAAGCUAUGUCGAUGAAGAUGGAAGGCUAAGAAUUUUCCCAUUUCAUGAUUUUCAUUCAUCUUCUCAUGGCUGCAAUCUCUGCCCUCCAAACAUGUGCAAGGGUAAGAUUAUAGAGAGGAUACAAGCUUCUUUUGCCAAGGAAGGGCAGAAAAGAAUAAUCUAUCUUGGCGAUGGAAGUGGUGACUUUUGUCCAAUGUCGAAGCUUAAAGAAGUAGAUUAUGCAAUGCCGAGGAAGAAUUUCCCAGUUUGGGAUCUGAUAUCGAAAAAUCCUGAACUUAUAAGAGCGGAAAUCCAUGAAUGGACCGACGGGAACGAGCUUGAACCUGUCAUGUUAAAUCUUAUUAAGAAAAUCACGUUUCAAGACUCAGUUCAGUUGUUAUCGGUCGAUUGCAAAUUCGAGACUAUUCCUAUGGCAGUUCAUGAGCCACUAAGGCCUGCCCUUCCAGUUAACCAGUAGUUUGAUGGUAUUGUUAGUAUUCUGUUAUGACCACUGGCAAAACGGUGUGUUGAGAUUCUUUUCGCAAGUAGUUGAAAGAAGUAGUUUGUAGUAAAUUUUAUCUAACGUGGUAUCACAAAUAUGUUGGUGUAUUCAAGCCUUGGUUUCUUGAUCCAUCCUUGUAGAAUUUCUCAAUAUUCAAUAUAUUUGGGGAUUGAUAUGAUCCAAAAAUCAGAAGCAUUUACUGCUGUCA